CAAGAUCAUAGCAUCCGGGCACUGAACGUUAUACUCGACAUGCUGAACGGAGGCAGUCAGUUGACGGACGAACAGAACUUUGAGAAGGAUAGAACGGUGAUCGUUCACCUAUUCGAAUGGACCUGGGUCGAUAUUGCAGACGAAUGUGAAAGGUUUCUUGGCCCAUAUGGCUACGCCGGUGUGCAGGUAUCACCACCCAAUGAACACAAGUACAUCGAUACUGAAACAUUCGAUGGGCCGUGGUGGCAGCGGUAUCAACCGAUGGGUUACCGCUUAAACAGCCGCAGUGGUACCGCAGAAGAGUUUCGCGAUAUGGUGGAGAGGUGCAAUGCGGUCGGUGUGCGGAUCUACGUUGAUGCGGUCAUCAAUCAUAUGGCAAAACACACUGAAGAUGACAGAUACAACUUCCCGAAUGUCCCCUUCAGUACCGACGAUUUCAACGUCCCGCUGGGCCGCUGUCCAGUAGAUCACGGCUGGGUAUCAGACUACUACAAUGCAGAUAACGUCCGCAACUGCGACCUGGAGGGCCUGAACGACCUCUAUUUCGGACCCGACAAUGACUACCACACGCGUGAUGUCAUCGUUGAGUACUUGAAUGUCAUGCUGGAGAUGGGUGUGGCAGGGUUCAGGAUAGACGCAGCAAAACACAUGUGGCCCAGCGAUCUUGCGGAUAUUGUUAACAGGUUAAGGAGGACGAUCUGGAAUACCAAACCAUACAUCUACCAGGAGGUAAUCGACCGAACUAGUCACGAGGCAGUCAAGGCCACAGAGUACUACGACAUCGGAUCUGUGACCGAAUUCAAGUACGCUGAUGAGGUCUUCGGGAUUGGGGCUGCUUCGAAGGCCGCUGUCUGGUUCUCAGGGUUCGGUGAGGAAUGGGGAUUGAUGCCACGUGACAAGGCGCUAGUGUUCAUCGAUAACCAUGACAAUCAGCGCAACCAUGGUGGUGGAGGGAAUGUCCUGACUUAUAAGAUGCCAUACGAGUAUAAGAAGGCCAUCGCAUUUAUGCUGGCGUGGGACUACGGAGUCACGCGCGUCAUGAGCAGCUACGACUUCAUCGAUACGGAUCAAGGACCACCAGCAGACCUAUACGGGAAUACACGAGGGCCUCGAAUCAAUUCGGACACCACAUGCAGUGGAGGAUGGAUAUGCGAACACCGAUGGAGACAGAUCCGUAACAUGGCAUGCUUCAGAAAUGCAGCGAAGGGACAUCCAGUGCAGAACUGGUGGGACAAUGGCCACAAUCAGAUCGCGUUCUCUCGUGGCGGUAAAGCGUUCUUCGUCCUCAACAACGAACCACACGAACUCUCCAGAACACUGUUCACGGGUCUCCCUCCAGGGAUCUACUGUGACGUCAUAAGUGGUGAUCCAACGGCGUCGGGUUGUACAGGUUCUGUUGUUGCCGUAGACGGUGCAGGGAUGGCGAAUUUUGAUAUAUAUGCCGGCGAGGAUCCUAUGCUAGCGAUUCAUGUUGGUGCUAAGGCUGGUAGCGGAGGCGGCAAGUGCAAUGCCUAAUAUUCUAUGCUUAAAAUAUAUAUUUAUUGAAAAGCGAAGCUGAAACGUGUUUUCAUAACUUUGACGUGUUGAAGGGACAUGUGUAAUCGUAAUGCCCUCUUAAAGACCAGAUACGCAGAUCACAUCAGCUUCGCAAUAUUCCUGGUGCGAUGUGUGGAGAAAUACAUAAGCACUGACUAUCAAAGCAGCUGACUCUGAUAUAAAUAGUCCCCUAAGUUUACAGACGGUCUUGAAAUCAGCGUCCCUGCGGCGGCCGUAGGUUUUUUGACAAAUACUAAGGUAGAAGGGGGACCAUACGGUGACCGUUUGGCCAGAUUGAUGCUAUCGCCUCACCCCUGGAGUAUUUAAAACGCAAGGCUACCGUAUGCCCGACAUACGGUCGCCGUGGAACCGCUCUACGGCAUGGCUACGGUGUGUCUAAUCGCUACCGCGAGCAUAGAAAUAAAACAAAUUAUAAGUCCGCGUUGUAAUCCCACGGCG